GCCGCCACAUAUAUAUCCACAAAUCAACCACUUUUUUUAACUUCCUUAUCCUAACACAUUAUUCAAAAACAAAUCCUAAAUGGCCACAAUUCUCACUCCACCAUCUCUGCAACUCUCAACUACAACGACGCCGUUUUGCAUCUCCUUCCCUCCCAAAUCCAAACCUAGACUCUACUUCUCCUCCACAACCCGCGCCACCACCGACGACGAUCCAAAACCCGAAUCACCACCCGCUCCAGACUCCGACUCCGACUCCGACCCAUUCGAGUCCCGUCUCUCAAACGUCCGUCUCCGUUACCGUAGUGGAUCAGGUAAGAAAGCAGAAGCUAGAAAAUCCAAAAAGGGUAUAUCAAAAUCCGGGUCCGGAUCCGGAAUAUACCUGCCACCUGUACCUUUGAAGGAGGCGGUGUCGGGUGGGGUGAAAGUGGAGCUCGGGUUUAGCCCGUAUAGUGAGAGAGUAAAUGGGAGGGUAGCGUUACUAGGGUUAACGGCGUUAGUGCUGGUGGAAUUGGCGACGGGGAAGGGUGUGAUUAAUUAUCAUACGCCGGCGGUUGUGUUGCUUCAGGUUUAUUUUGUAGCGGCGGUUACUGCUUUGUAUAUUAAGUUUGAGAAGGAGAAAGUUAGUGUUUGGCCCCCAUCUUCUCCUGCUAAAGAAUGAAUUGGAAAUUGGAAGAGUUAUUUUUUUUUGGUUAAUUAAUAUGAUGAUUUAUUAUAUAUGUAAGUUUAUUUUUGUAAUUAGCGGUACAUUUGCUUGAUUGAGCUUAUUGAUUGUAUGAUACAAAAUUUUCUUGUA